GAGCCGCGGGGGGUGGUCCCGGCGGUCCGAGCGGACCAGCGGCAGGUAGCGCCAAGGACUACAAGACGCGCCGAGGAGCUCCCCGGGACGUCACUCGACCGGACAGUCAACAGACGACAUGUGGACCGCUCUCUGCUUGGCGGCCCUCGUCGCCACCGCCGUGGGCUCGCCCUUCGGGACGGCUUUGCACGGCAAGAGCAACGGCCUGGACGCCCACUCCUACUCGUUGGAGGUCCGCAAGGGUUUGAGCACCCUCGGCCCGGCCGCCCUGGUCUUCGAUGAGUACGCCAUCUGCUCCGCCAGCAUCCUCCGCGGGGCCAACGCCUCCGCGCUCUCCGUGCGCAUCGGCAGCCGCAUCUUCUUCAACCUCUUUGGCGAGAGCGUGAAGGUGUCCGAGGUCCUGCUGCACCCCGAUGGCGCGGACGUGGCCGUGCUCAAGCUGCAGAAGCCCGUCACCUACAAGUCCGCCAGCUCCAUCGCCGUGGUUGGGCCCGAGGGCGUCGCUCCCGGCACGCGCGUCCAGGUGUCCAGCUGGAACUUCGCCUCCUUCCUGAAGGUGGCCGACGAGUGGCUGGUGCUGCCCAAGUACUGCGCGGGCCCCGGCCUGUGCGCCACGGGCGCGGCUGGCACUGGCGCCCUCGUCAGCGCCGACGGCCAGCUGGUCGGUCUGGCCGGCAGCAGCAAGGGAAAUGGUACCUUGGGCGGCGUCGAGUCCGUCGUGGACCUGGCCGAGCGCUCCGUGCAGAAGUUCAUUGCCGUCGCCACAAACAGAGUGCCUCCGACACCCCCAACACCUCCGACACCUCCCCCGAGCCCUGCGACGGAGACACCGGCAACGGAGGCGCCUCCCACUGCACCCACCGUGCCUACCCCAACCAAACGCCCCAGUGGCAAGACGUGUGCGAUCAGCACACAGAGGGGGUUUCCCAGCCAGGAGCCCAUCCUACUGCGCGAACAGGACGUCAAUACCGCGGCGCUGACCUUCCGGGACCCAGAUCAGGCAGACUCUAUCGAGCUGGCGUCGGGCGAGCGCGUUGUCGUCGUCUGCUCGGGCAGCGGCAACUACCUCAACUUGGACAAGAAACUCCAGGAGGCCGUGGUGGAGUGCGUGGAGGACACGACCUUCCUGUUCAAGGGCCAGAAGGUGGAGUGGAGCUCACUGGGCUGCAAGACCAUUGCCGCCAACUCGGCGCGCAGGGCCGGCAAGUGCGGCAACUCGGGCGAGUUCUCCAGGAUCGAGAUCGGCUUUCAGGCGACGAGCGGCUUCGCGGUCCAGAUCGAGAACUGCUUCAACAGCGUCACCUUCGACGCCGUGUACUCGCGGAUGAACAUGACCCCCGCUAUCGCCGGCCACGAGUCUGGCGGCAAAAGGCCCCAGUUCACGCCCGCUGGCUUCUACGAGGGCUUCGACCCCAACAACCUGUACAAGAACAAGGCCCAGAAGAAGACGGUCGGCGAGCUGCUGGGCGACGCGAGCCUCGGCAACAAGUACAUCAAGGACGGGUCCAGCUCGUACUUCCUGGCGCGCGGCCACCUCUCCGCCAAGGCGGACUACAUCCUGGACGCCCAGCAGCGAGCCACCUUCUACUACAUCAACGUGGCGCCACAGUGGCAGACCUUCAACGCAAAGAACUGGGAGAACUUGGAGGACAGCGUGCGUCGUUGGG